AGUGAUUCGGGAGGCUAACAUAACAGACACCAGCGGGCUAACAGGAGAGUCACAGAGCCUGGAGCGCCAGUGCUUCAGCGCCUUCGGGCGACCACCUGAGAGUCACUUGUAGGCUGAAUUAGCUCCAUGCUACCGAUGAGAAGACAGAGGCCUAGAGAGAGAGAACUUACGGAUGUGUUAGCUGUCCGCUUCGAGGUGGCACUGAGUUAGGCAACUGGUUUUGUUUUUGUUUUUGCUGAGCCCACUGUGUGCCGGGCCUGGCCCACCUGCCAGGUUUGUGUUUUGGCCUGUGUGUAGUGGGGCCCAGUGCCCAGCCUCAGGGUCAGCCAGGGUCUCUGGCAUCUCUGGCAUGCCUGCAUGUGGGGCUGUAGGUGACAUUUCCAGGCGAUUGGUAUGAUUCCUGACCAAGGAGGGUCCUGCCUGGACCCGGACCAUCCUCUCUGAGUUGCUUUGGGCCUGUGGGCCCUGAGAGCAUUUCCAGCUCUAACAGUCAUCUUCCUGUUCGGCAGACACUUACUGGGUGCCAGGUACAGGGGUGCAAAGGUAAAUGACACCUGGGUGCUGGCUGAUGGGUGCAGUGAGAAGUAUAUUCAAGGACGCAGGUGCCCGCCCUGCUGAGGAAGUGCAGAUGGGUUAGUGAACUUUGUCCCAUGGUAGCAAUAGUGAAGCACAGCAGUGGCUUAGGUAGUGGUCACUUUUUAGUUUUAGAAAGGCCACCAGGGGGGCUGUGCAGGGUGGGUAGGAGCCAGCCCUCUGAGACCCGCCAGCCGGCAGCCGCUCACCUGCGUGCUCUCAUCCCAGUGAGUGUCUGAGUCCCCGUGCACUCAUUCCCAGAAAAAGCGAAUCACCUCAGCCCCUUCCGUGGAUAAGAGGACUUGGGCUGGAGGCAUGUGGUGUGCCCUCCGAGGCUGGAGGCAAGGGCUCCUAGGCCUGCAUGGAGCCCUGGCACGGGGAGCCCUGGGGCAGCGGCAGCUCCCGGGCCUUUGGGCUCGAGCGCUGGCCAGCAUGGGUCCCCAGAGCGGGGACGAGUACAGCUACGUGGUGGUGGGUGCAGGCUCCGCGGGCUGUGUGCUGGCCAGACGGCUCACAGAGGACCCCAGUGAGCACGUGCUGUUGCUGGAGGCCGGGCCCAGGGACUUGUAUGCAGGGAGCAAGCGGCUCCUGUGGAAGAUCCACAUGCCUGCGGCCCUCGUGGCCAACCUGUGCGACAACAGGUACAACUGGUGCUACCACACGGAGCCGCAGCCGGGCCUGGACGGCCGGGUGCUGUACUGGCCUCGCGGCCGAGUCUGGGGAGGCUCCUCGUCCCUCAAUGCCAUGGUCUACAUCCGUGGGCAUGCUGAGGACUACAACCGCUGGCACCGCCAAGGCGCUGAGGGCUGGGACUACGCGCACUGUCUGCCCUACUUCCGCAAGGCGCAGGGCCACGAGCUGGGUGCCAGCAGGUACCGUGGCGGCGAUGGCCCCCUGCGUGUGUCCCGGGGCAAGACCAACCACCCACUGCACCAGGCGUUCCUGGAGGCGGCACAGCAGGCUGGCUACCCCCUCACUGAGGACAUGAAUGGCUUCCAACAGGAAGGCUUCGGCUGGAUGGACAUGACCAUCCACGAAGGCAAGCGCUGGAGCACGGCCUGUGCCUACCUGCACCCAGCCCUGAGCCGCCCCAACCUCAGGGCUGAGGCCCGGACGCUUGUGAGCAGGGUGCUGUUCGAGGGCACCCGGGCAGUGGGCGUGGAGUAUGUCAAGAACGGCCGGAGCCACAGGGCUUACGCCAGCAAGGAGGUGAUUCUGAGCGGAGGCGCCAUCAACUCUCCGCAGCUGCUCAUGCUGUCGGGUGUCGGGAAUGCAGAUGACCUCAAGAAGCUGGGCAUCCCUGUGGUGUGCCACCUGCCCGGAGUCGGCCAGAACCUGCAGGACCACCUGGAGGUGUACGUCCAGCAGGCGUGCACCCGCCCCAUCACCCUGCACUCAGCACAGAAGCCCCUGCGCAAGGCCUGCAUCGGUCUGGAGUGGCUCUGGAGGUUCACAGGGGACGGAGCCACUGCCCAUCUGGAAACAGGUGGCUUCAUCCGCAGCCAGCCUGGGGUCCCCCACCCGGACAUCCAGUUCCACUUCCUGCCGUCCCAAGUGAUUGACCACGGGCGGGUCCCCACCCAGGAGGAUGCUUACCAGGUACACGUGGGGACCAUGCGGGGCACGAGUGUGGGCUGGCUCAAGCUGAGAAGUGCCAAUCCGCAGGACCACCCGGUGAUCCAGCCCAACUACUUGUCAACAGAAGCAGACGUUGAGGACUUCCGUCGGUGUGUGAAGCUCACCAGAGAAAUUUUUGCACAGGAAGCCCUGGCUCCAUUCCGGGGGAAAGAGCUCCAGCCGGGAAGCCACGUUCAGUCAGAUGAGGAGAUAGAUGCCUUUGUGCGGGCGAAAGCCGACAGUGCCUACCACCCCUCGUGCACCUGCAAGAUGGGCCAGCCCUCCGACCCCGCUGCCGUGGUGGACCCGCAGACCAGGGUGCUCGGGGUGGAAAGCCUCCGGGUCGUCGACGCCUCCGUCAUGCCCAGCGUGGUCAGCGGCAACCUGAACGCCCCCACGGUCAUGCUCGCGGAGAAAGCAGCCGACAUUAUCAAGGGGCGGCCUGCACUGUGGGACGAGGACGUCCCUGUCUACAAGCCCAGGACCCUGGACACCCAGCGCUAAGGCAGUCACUGCCCUUGACAAGCCCAGAGGGCCAGCACAGCCCUUGCUCCAGCUCUCCUUCCUGAAACUGUCUGGAACGUUAGGACCCGGGAGCCACCCUACUCCGUGCCUGAGAAUUGGAUAAUUUCUUGGGAAAUAAGACCGGUAUUGGGCAGAGAAUCAAGCUUUUUCUUGGCGUUUCCCUGUGGGCCCUUUGGGGAAGGCCAGGAUUCAGGCUGCGGCCUCUCCUCCCUGCCUCCUAGAGGGACAGUAGAGGCGGUGGGUUCACUCCUGCCACAUCCUUGACUUGUGUCCUGGGGGUGCCCUCUAACGCAGGGCCCUGCUGCCUUGAGUGUGGUCUUCCCCGGCGCCCUCCUUGGGCAAGGCCCGAGAGCAGGUGUGGGCUCCCCGGGCAGAGGCAGCCUCAAGCUCCUGGCGAGGCUGGGGCUGCACCUACGUGCCCAGUGUCCCUGCUCAGAGGGAGGGCUGCCUGCCGGCAGGAAAGCAGACUGUUUCUUUCUCUUGCUUCCUAGUUUCACUCCCAAAGUGAGGCGGGUAACUGGGGCUCUGCUGGGUCUCGGGGCGGGGGGUAGGAGGGUGACCUACUUCUCCAGAGCGCUGGUUCUUGCUAAACACGAUCAGCCAUGCCGAGAGGCGAGAGGCUUUCGGGACCUUAUUCAAGGAGAGAGGGGUAUGGAGAGAAUGCCACUUGGCUUCACUACCAGAGGUUCCACGACUUAGCAUUGUAAAAGCAGAGCGAACUCCAUGUACCAGAUCGCGGCUUCAUGCUGAAGCAGCUGGCCCGAGAAAGGACUCGCACACGGGCCUGGGAAGCGACUCAGCGCCAGCACCACAGCAGCGGACAGGGCUGGCUGGUUGCUAUCCUCUAGACAUCCACGCGAGCAGGCCUGGGAGGAGCUGAGACUGAUGGAAAAAGCACUUAAGGACAGGCACCUGGACCCUGUAGCAAUGCCAUUGCAUGAAAGAAAAAUAGUUUUUGUGGGGGAAAAACAGAUGCAAGUAGCAUUUAACAUUUUAUAGAACUCUUUGAUCUUUAAAUUUCUUACUAUUCAAUAAUGUGAUCCAGUAACUUAUUUCUGAACUGAGAUGUCUUAUCCAGACUGUUCGUACACGAUAACGCACAGUAACUGCAUUCUGGCUGGAUCUUUCUGAAGAUGCCCACAGCUGCCGCCCUCUGGGUCCCGGCACGGCCUGCAGGGGUGUCGGAGAGCACGAGCUAAUGCGGGUAAGGGUGGGGUCCAGGCUGGCCCGUGACUGCACUGACCCUCCUCCCGUGGCAGGCGACAUUUAGUUCUGCCGUCUCUGCGUCCUGUGGUGUGUCAGCCCGAGACAGUGGUGGAUUCAGGCGGCAGCCAUGUUUUGAGAUAAGCAGAACGACAUGUGGUAAGAGGCACUCAUCUGGCGUGUUGCUCAGUGGCUUCCAGGCCCCUCACCCUCAAACACUCAGGCGUGUUCCACACGGUCGCACGAUUUAGCCAUACAUGGAAACGAGCUUCAGAAGAAAAGCGGCAAGCGUCACACAUCCAGAACCCGUCUGAAAAGUGUCCUGCUAUCAGGGCGCCUUUUGCCCCGGACAGAGUGGCCGCGGAAGCCAGAGGAGGGAGGCUACAAAGUGGGGCGUGCAGGCUCUGCUGGCUUUAGCCUCGUGGGGAAUCAGGCCCCUUGGCAAAAACCCUGUAAUAUCUAAAAAACAGAAGAAGGUGCUUUGGGGAAAAAAAUGCUUCUAAGAGUACAACAGAACACUGUGCAUGUGCCCAGAGCCCUGAAGAGCCCUGCCCCAUGGAAGAAGCCUGUGUGUAAGCCACAGACCACGCCAGGGGACGGGCAGGCUCGGAGCAGCUGCCUGGAGCUGUGGGCUCCCGUGAGUACGGCCCUUCUGCUAACAGCGCAGGCACAAUAACUUCAUAGAUUCAAACAGAUUCUUCUCUCCAGCCAAACCUUGUCAUCAUCCCAGAAAUUAUGUUUCCACUGAUAAGCCAUAUUAACAUCAGAUUGAACACAUAGAUUUUUUUCACUUAAAAAUCAGAAAAAUACACCCUUCACCAGGCCAGGCUGUCCCAGACCACUCUAUCACUCCUGUUCUGAUGUUGGAAGCCAGGGCCUAGGCCUGCUCUGCCUCCUCCUCCUGCCCCUGCCCUCCCAGUCCCUAAUAGAGGAGGAGAGAGAUCAUUUUAGAGAAAUAAAAGCCUUUUCAAUGAAUGAAAGCAUAGCUACAGUCGGUUUUUGAGUCAGGGUGGGCGGGGCGGGGAGCUGGGGCUGUGCGUGCAACAUCAGUUCUGUUGCUAGCCAGUUUUUUAAGUCGACCACCUGCCCUCGGACAACUAAAAGCCGGUGUAGGAAGACGAGAUGGGCAGAGACACUUAAGGCUGCAAAAAGAACACAAUGCGAAAUAAGACAGGCUGCUCUGGCUGCUGUCACAGAGUGGGCCAGCAGUGAAGUGGGACCCACACCCUCCCCGUGCAGCCAGAGCCCCGGGCCUCACAGCCGGCCCCCACCGGACAGCGCUGGGAGGUGCUGCCUGGCUGAGCAGGGGUCCAGCUCUUCGGGUGGGAAUCAGUGAGGUUCUCACUGCCGGCUGGUGAUUAGAUCAUCGCUGCCAUUUCCGUUCUGUGAGGUCACGAGAAACACAAGAUCCAAGAAACUAAAUGUGCUGUUCCUGUGGGCACGGUUAUUGUUUUGUGGGGCAGGGGAAACCAAAAAGGAGAGACAUUUAUUCUUAAAACUUUCCUAAAACAAAGGAAAAAAACAUGCUCUACAACUUCAAAUUUUUCUUCCAAAGAAAAAUUUAAUAUUAGAUGAGAGGUCGAACCAGGCUUAAAGCAGACAGAGAUUAGGAAGUGAUGCAGCCUGUAAAAAUGCCAGUUUUUGAGUACUGACUUUGGAAAAGACCACCACCUACACCAGACGCUCGGGGCCUGGUGCGGCGAUUCUGGCUUGAUGGCGUUAAGCCACACAGUAAGACCGAUGCCCAGCGGAGAGACACAGAGUCCAAGGUAAUGUUGACCGUGGUGUAGCCCUUUAGGAGAAACGGUCAUCCCUGCAGCUGGUGUGAAGUUACCGCCGGCACCGAAGGAGCCAGGAGGAUGAGAAGGAGCCCGUGUGGUCACAGAACGGCCGGGCAGAGCACCUGCCCCUCAGAAGCUCCUGUGGGCGCACGCCAGCCCUGUGCGAGGAGAGCUCCCAGAUGUGACAAAAUUAUUACACAGUUUGAUUCUGAAGAACAUUUUGCAUUUUAAUAAAAAAGGAUUUAUGUCAGGAAAUAGUCAUUUACAAACCUUGAAGUGUUUUUGCCUGGAUCUGGAGUAAGAAUGUCUUAAGAAGAGGUUUGUAAGGUUUUUAUAACAAAGUGGUGUUAUUUACAAAA